ACUGUAGGACACAAACAACGAGAGCACUUGUCUAAAUUUAGCGCGAAAAAAUUCGCGCACACAGCUAUUCGCCGCUCUCGCUCUCGCCUACACUCAUAAUCAGCACUUCAGAGAAACGUACGAUGAAUCACUCGCGUAUCUCCUGCCGGGGAGAGGAGAGGGUAAUAUCAGCAGCAGCACGGCGCGCUAUGGAUGACUCGCGGCUGGAGUAUAAGAGUGUGUAUGGAGUGCACAUCGCCUGUGUUGUAUAGAAUACGCGCGAGCGAAAGCGAGACGCAGCGACGCAGCGAGCGAGUCUCUCUCAGUCUGAUUAACGGAAUACCGUACGCUCGUUCAGCUUCCCCGAGGCUCCGGGGCUUUGGCGAGGAAGCUCCUGCAGGGGUCGACCUCGACGAUGUUGAGACUCUCCAGUCUCGGGAACGGAUAUCGCGAUGACGACGUUUAAUCGCACCGAGUGUACGUUAUACGUAUACGGAUGAUGCACUGCGAUAAAGGCAGCCACUCCGACGACGGACGGGGAGAGCGUGAGGGACUAUACGUAAGAAUACUACAUACAAACAGACUAAGAGAGGGAGGGAGGAGGGAGAGAGAUGAGCGAUGGUCUGCUUCUUUUUAUGACCUGUUCUCAUGUGUGGAAACGCGCAUCGCGCGAUCCUCGUAGAGUCGAUGGGACGAGAGUUCGCGAGGAACGACGGCCGGACAUUUUUGGGGGACGAGAUUCGAAAAUGCCGAAGUUAACUCAGAGAGAACAUACCGCAGCUUCGCAGUUGACAAGGCGGUUGAGGUUAUCUUUUGAGCCACGUCGACAUCGAUAAACGAAUAAAAAUGAUGCUGGAGAUCGAAUCUAUGGCCAGAUAUGUCUCGCCAAUCAACCCCACAGUCUUUCCUCUACUGGCACUCGUAUUGCUGGGUAUUGGAAUCUUCUUCACUGCUUGGUUUUUCGUUUACGAAGUCACCAGCACAAAGUUCACGAGGGACAUAUUCAAGGAGUUGGUGAUCUCCCUGGUGGCAGCGAUAUUCUCUGGCUUUGGUGUUCUGUUCCUCUUGUUAUGGGUCGGCAUUUAUGUUUAGUUGAGAUUUGAGUCUGUUUUAUGUUGAUAAAAGUUAUGCUGUGGAUAUUGAUAUAUCUCAAACAGAAUUGAUAACAACAGUGUGUUCUGAAGGUAUGUGUGUGCAAUGUAUGAUAUUGAUAUUUUGUAAAGAAUAAAUCAUGUUUGAUACUCUA